GGUACAGCGCUUCAGACAGUUGUCUCAGAGAAUAUGUUGAAUUCCAAAGAUUCUAGACGAGAUUUCAACAAAAAGAUUUAGGAGUUCUGCGCAAUUGUAUUGGCAGUAUGAUCACCUCGAUGCCACAGAUCGGGAGGUGGAGCCGCAGGACCUCUCAGCUAGUUAGCUGUUAGCUUAUUAUGUUAGCUAGUACCUGGCUUUGUUACGUCUGUACUACAGGCUAUGAGAGAUUUGACGUUUGUAACUAGCUGAUUUGUUGACGCACAACAACAACAACCAACGUCUAGGAAGUGGUAAUAAUAUUUUAGAUUUGAGUCAAAUGGUUGGAAAGUUGUUACUACACUGUUCAUAUACAGUCAUUGGUUAUUAAGUUAGCUUAGCUAAGCAGCUAGCAAGCUUGAGAAAUGCAUUAUUUGGUACGCCUAAUCACAGGCAAAAAGGGAUGUAUGGGUUCAUUAAUUUGUUAGUUACACGCAUGUUGCUGGGCUAAAUCAUUGGUAAGUGAGCUUCCUAUACUGGAAAGAUAUUUGGGGCAUAUCAAGACCACAUUUGGUGUAUUUGACAGCUUGCCCUUGUUUCUUGGAAGAAGAUUCCUGACUGGGCAGUGGUGUGAUCUGGAGGAGGCUAAAUCCAAGUCUUUCCAGUAUAGUGACCCAAACUGGGAAACAACAGUAGGAAGCUCAGCCAAAGAAGACUGUCUGUACUCUGGGACUGGUACCAAUAAGGGAAGUGGGAUUGCUUUGCCAGUGUUGAGUUGAUGUUGUUGCAGCUAUGUCUGAGGCCAUCCUCAACUUCCAGUACCAGCUCAGUGGCGUCAUGGAAACAGUCCUCAAAACUGCCAUGCAUGAAAUCACUCUAUUGGUGAAGGAUGGAUUCCUGGAGGAAGUGACACGGAGCAAACAGGAAGUGGACGUCUUGAAGGAGAGGCUGCAGAGAUGGAGGGACAGAGAGGAGGAGUGGAGGGGGAUGUGUGUGAGAUGUGGUUGUGCUGGAGACACUGAGGAGAAAGUAGAGGCUUUGUCAGCAGCAGAGGGUUAUGGUAUUAAACAAGAGGAGAUUCUCCAGUCAGAGGGGCUCGUUGCUCUGAGGGAGGCCCAUGAGGUCCAUGUCAAAGAGGAGGCCAAUGCACAGGGAGACUGGGGGGAUAUGGUAAGCCUAACAAUCCCAUACACCGAUGCCCCCCUUAGUGACCUUGGUUUGUCUGCACCAUGGGCCAGUGAGCCCCAGCCUCUAUUAACACCAUGGACCAGUGAGGAGCAGCCUUCACACUCAGGGUCAGUAAUACCAGCCCAGGGGAUAGAGAGCUCUAUGGGCCCCCCUGAGUCCAUGUGCCACCUGAGAAUCCAUAUGCAGUGCCACACGAGGGAGAGGCCGUACAGCUGCUCUCAGUGUGGGAAGAGCUUCAGCCAUCAGAGCGUCUUGAAGAGACACAGGGCCUAUCACACCGGAGAGAGGCCUUACCAGUGCACGGACUGUGGGAAAAGAUUUAUCGCUAGAGCGGAUCUGAAAAAACAUGAACAAAUCCAUUCAAGGGGCAUCUGUACCAUUUCCAAGGCAAAACUGACGAAGGGAGUCCAAGAUAAUGAAGAUGACGCUGCGCCAGUUCCUGUAACAUCAAGAACUGGAAGGAUUAUUCCACUGGCAUUAUUAGCAUCAGUAAGACAGGCCCAUAAGCAGCUUGGGGAAGAUCUAAAAUGGAGAUUCGGCCCAAAUGACUGCUUCAGGUCCCCUCACAACGAGGAGGUGACCAAAGCAGUGAUGCAGACUGUAAAGGAUGGAGGCAAAAACUGGGGUCCCGACAGCCUCAUCAGAAAGGCGUGCAACAGGGCUUAUGAGUACUGGAAGGCUCAAGGGAAGAUUGAACUGGAGGGCAGUGUGGCGGUCAUCAAGAAGAAGAAAAUCCUCACCAGCAGGCGGAGCAGGCUCUUCCAGAAGAGAGUAAAGGUGGGAGGAGAGCUCCUCGCCCCAGAAGAUCUGGACUUCCUGGUUGGAGCAGACCCCAACUUCAUGUCGGACGAGGAAAGUGAUGCUGAAGACAAGUUCACCUAUCAUGUGCUCCCUCCCAGGUGGCGUUGCUCGAGGUUGACCCAGAUCGUCCGACUCUGUCAGAUAACCUUAGAUGACAAUCGCCUUAAGGGCGUUGAGCCAAAGUCGGCUCGCUCCAGAAAAUUACAGGGGGGUAGAUUUACCCCCCGCCAUCCCCCAAAAGGAGAGGCUAAACAAGUGUAUGUGAAUAAAAAUGAUAAAUGA